CGCUGUGGUCUUUUUAAGUCAUCUGGACCAACCAUGGGAGGCAGGGCUAGGACACCUACUCUCACUGCCCUUCUCUGUCUUGGGCUGUGUCAGGGCCCAUGGGACUGCGUACAAUCAGGAUCCCUCCCCAAACCCUCCAUCUGGGCUGACCCAGGGCCUAUGGUCACUAGGGGUAUCCCUGCCACCAUCUGGUGUCAGGGAUCUCUGCAGGAUGAUGUCUAUCAUCUGUAUAAAGAGAGGGUCUCUAAACCCUUGGCUACAGAGGCCCCACAGGAUUCCAGCAACAAGAUCAGUUUCUGCAUCGAAUCUAUGAGCCGACACACUGUAGGGUUCUAUCAGUGUGCAUACAACACCAGCAGGAACGGCUGGUCAGAGUGCAGUGACCCCCUGCCCUUGGUGUUGACAGGAGAGUAUGGUGCACCCUCCCUCUCAGCCCACCCGGGACGUGUGGUGGCAAAAGGAGGGAACAUGUCCCUCUCCUGUAGCUCAGAGUCCAUAUUGGACACUUUCCAUCUGCUGAAGGAGGGAGGAGCUGACCCGCCCCGACACAUGGAAUUGAGGAACUAUCCUGGGAGGAAACAGGCUGCCUUCCCUGUGGGCCCUGUAAACACCUCCCAUGGGGGGACCUACAGAUGCUAUGGUUCUCACAGAUCCUACCCGUAUGUGUGGUCUCACCCCAGCCACCCUCUGCAUCUCAACGUCACAGGCGUGUACAGGGAGCCCUCCCUCUCAGCACAGCCUGGCUCCCUGGUGCUCUCUGGAGACAACCUGACCCUCCAGUGUCACUCAGAGGCUGGCUUUAAGAGAUUUGCUCUGACCAAAGUUGAGGGGCUCACAAACCCUCAACGUCUUCAUGGGCAGCACAGCCCCGACUUCCCCCUGGGCCAUGUGAACAGCACCCACCGGGGCCAGUACAGAUGCUUUGGUAGACACAACGUCUCCUAUGCGUGGUCACACCCCAGCGCCCCCCUGGACAUCCUGAUCGAGGGAAUGUAUGAGAAACCCUCCCUCUCAGCCCAGCCAGGGCCCUCAGUGUCCUGGGGAGAGAACGUUACUCUGCAGUGCCGCUCUGAGAUCUGGUUGGAUGCCUUCCAUCUGUCCAAGGAGGGGUCACUUGCUCCUCCACAGCACCUUCGUUUACAGGACAAGGCUCCACCCUUUCAGGCCAACUUUACCAUCAGUUGUGUGACCUCAGACCAUGAGGGGACUUACAGGUGCUACAGUUCAGACAGCACCUCUCCCUACCUGUUAUCAUCCCCCAGUAACCCCCUGGAGCUUCGGGUCUCAGGUCUCAAAUCGUACCUGAACGUUCUGAUUGGGGUCUCAGUGGCCUUUGUCCUGCUGAUUUCCGUUCUUCUCUUGCUCCUCCUCAUCUGGCAUCAGGGCAAACACAGGAUGCUGGCCCAGAGACAGGCUGAUCUUCAACUUCCCGCAGGGGCUGCAGACCCAGAGCCCAAGGACAGAGGCUUGCAGAUCAGGAAAUUCCUCUCCAGCCCAGCUGCUGAGGCCCAGGAAGAGACCCUCUAUGCUGCCGUGAAGGACACACAGCCUGAGGAGGGUGUGGAGCUGGACCAUCAGGUUGCUGCAUCUGAGGUCCCCCAGGAUGUGACCUACGCCCAGUUGAACCACUUGACCAUCAAACAGGAGAUGACACCCCCUUCCUCCCAGCCAGAGAAGCCCCCAGCAGAGCCCAGUGUGUAUGCUGCUCUGGCCAUCCAGAAGAAUGACCCAGUGCAGGAAUGACCAGUCCAGGAAUGACCCAGACCCACUCUCCAGGGAGGGAGACUGCAGAGACCCCAGAAGGCAUGGGAGCUUCCCCCAGUGGACACCUCCUAGUGACCCCCAGCCAGCCUGGACUCCUAACAUGGACCACCAGGGGCUUCUGGGACAGUUUGGGAGUCACCUGAUUCUGAAUUCAAAGAUAACAGAUAUCCUCACAUUUGGGGAAUAAAGCAACAGACUUCUCAAUAAUCCAUGAGUGAAAUGAGAAAUUCAAAACAGAAGAGAGAGAAUAUUCUAAACUGAAUAAUAAUGUAAAUAUUACACAUAAAACUGACCAAAUGUGAAAAUUAAGAACAGCUAAUGAAUGAAUAUCUUAGAAAAGAAAAGCCUAAAAAAAAAAAAAAACAGUCACCUAAGCUAUUAUACCAAGAAUU